ACAGUGUUGUGGGAUCUCCCGAGUAGAGAGAAGGUUGACUUGUAGAUCUUCAUUUCCCUGGGAAAGACAAUCGAGAGAACAAGAUGGCCUGGUGGAAAGCCUGGGUGGAACAGGAGGGGAUUACUGUGAAGGGCAGCUCCCACUUUAACCCGGACCCCGACGCAGAGACCCUAUACAAAGCCAUGAAGGGGAUCGGGACCAACGAGCAGGCCAUCAUCGAUGUGCUCACGAAGAGAAGCAAUGCUCAGCGGCAGCAAAUUGCCAAGUCCUUCAAGGCGCAAUUUGGCAAGGAUCUCACCGAGACCUUGCAGUCAGAGCUGAGUGGCAAGUUCGAGAGGCUCAUCGUGGCCCUCAUGUACCUUCCGUACAGAUUCGAAGCCAAGGAGCUGCACGAUGCCAUGAAGGGCUUGGGGACCAAAGAGGCUGUCAUCAUUGAAAUCCUGGCUUCUCGGACCAAGAACCAGCUGCGGGAGAUAAUGAAGGCCUAUGAGGAGGACUAUGGGUCCAGCCUGGAGGAAGACAUCCGAGGAGACACCAGCGGCUACCUGGAGAGGAUCCUGGUGUGCCUCCUACAGGGCAGCAGGGAUGAUGUGAGUGGCUUUGUGGACCCAGGACAGGCCGUCCAAGAUGCACAGGAUCUGUAUGCAGCGGGCGAGAAGAUUCAUGGGACAGAUGAGAUGAAAUUCAUCACCAUCCUGUGCACGCGCAGUGCCACACACCUGAUGAGAGUGUUCGAGGAAUAUGAGAAAAUAGCCGGCAAGAGCAUUGAGGACAGCAUCCAGAGUGAGACCCAUGGCUCCUUGGAGGAGGCCAUGCUCACAGUGGUGAAAUGCACCCGGAACCUGCACAGCUACUUCGCAGAGCGACUUUACUACGCCCUGAAGGGAGCAGGGACGCGCGACGGGACCCUCAUAAGAAACAUCGUUUCGAGAAGUGAGAUCGACUUAAAUCUCAUCAAGUGUCAGUUCACAAAGAUGUAUGGCAAGACCCUCAGCAGCAUGAUCGUGGGAGACACCAGUGGCGACUACAAGAACGCCCUGCUGAACUUGGUGGGCAGUGACUCCUGAAGGCCCGGGAUAGAGCAAAGGCCAAGAAGCUGAAGCCACCAGACCCUGCCUGCUCAACCUUGGCCGUGCAAUGGGGGGGAUGGGGGGAGUAGGGAGCCCCAACUUGCCUUUCAGUCUUCUAUCUCCCAGCUUCUGGUGCUUUCAAGUCAGUUCCAAGUAUGAGCACAGGGCCAACCCUAGCAUAAUCUGGCCAGAUAAACACUUCGGCACAA